CUUCACCCUUGCCGACGGCUUCCACUUUGGCCUUGGCGUCGGCAGCCUCUUCAACGUGACCUCGCACGAGGACGACCACAGCUACGAGUGGAUGCUCUCCGAGGAAUGGGACGGCGACAACAACCGAACACAUACCAACUACACCGACAGCAGCUCCUCAUCCUCCAGCUCUUCGUCCUCCAGCUCCUCGAGCGAGUCCUCGGAGAGUCUCGAAGGAGAUUCGUCGUCGUCGAGCGAGGAGGACAGCGACGAGAGUGACGAGGACUCGAGUAACGAAGGGAGAGAGUACUUCUCCGGGGAGGUGUUCGACGCGGCGCUCAACGGCAGCGGGACCUGGAUGACCGACGAGGACGGCCGCUGGUACAGAUUCCGUCAUCGCAACGAGUCCGAGGAGAGCGACGAGGACGAGUCCCUGGAGGAGGACGAUGACGAUGAUGAGGACGACGACGAUGAAGAUGACGAUGAUGAAGAUGAAGACGAUGAGGAUGAGGACGAAGAUGAAGAGGAUGGCGAGGAGGAAGACGAAGAAGAGGAAGAUGAGGAGAAGGACAAAGAGAAUUCGAACGGAGAGAUCAUGUUGGCCGGCCAGAGGUUCCCGUCGACCGUCUGCUUCGAAGCCAGAAUGGUGGAUCGCGCCAGCUUGGUGGAGACCUCUUUCCAGGAGCACAAGGACGGCGAGUUCGUGUGGGAGGCCGAGCUGCAGGCGCGGAUCCGAGCUGGCUUCUCUUGGGGCUUCCUCCUGACGCAGCUGGUGGGCGGGAGGCUGGCCGGCAUGAUCGGGGGCAAACUCCUGUUCCUCAUGGGCGCUUCCAUGGCCGCGGUGCUCACCAUUCUCACGCCCACGGCCGCCCACAUCGGUCCGUAUUGGCUCCUCGCUGCUCGCAUCAUGGUCGGCGCGGCGCAGGGCGUGUGUGUUCCGGCCAUGCAAGCAGUUCUCGCUCAAUGGGCGCCGCCGAUGGACCGCACUGUCAUGGUUGCCUACACGUAUUCUGGCCUGGCCGUCGGCGCUGCGCUCGGAGGCCCAGUGUCGGAGUGGAUGGUGACCGUGAUCGGCUGGCGGGCGCUGUUCUACCUGCAGGGCGCCGUGGCUCUCGUGUGGUGCGUCCUGUGGCAGUUCCUGGUGGCGGAGAACCCUGCCAAGCACCCACGCAUCACCACGCAGGAGAAGACGCACAUCACAUCGAGCAUUGGAGCACAGCACGCCUGGAGGGGCCUGCCGGUGCCGUGGCCUCAUAUAUUCAGAUCUCGUUACGUCUUCGCUGUCGUCUUAGCUGAGUUGGGCUUCUCAUGGGCGUGGUUUACCCUCCUUCACCACGCCCGCGAGUAUGCAGUGACCGUGUUGCAUGUUCCCGAUCACCAGGCACGUGUGGCAUGGGGCACGGCUCUCUUUGCCAUGUGGAUCAUUGCCAUAGUGUACGCCACCUUAACGGACUGGGUGAGGCGCACGAAUCGACGCUCUACAGUGGUCGUGCGUCGGGCAGCGAACACACUGUGCGCUCUGGUAACCGCCGGAUGCCUCGUGGCCGUCGCGCAAUCCAGCUGUUCGCAAGUCGCUGUGUUGGUCUGGUGUUCCAUGGCGCUGGCACUGGGCUUGUCGGCUUCCUUCUCCACCUUCCUGGCCAAUGGCAUCGAACUGGCACCCAACCACGCAGCUGCAAUCGCCGGCGUCAGUGGCACUAUUGGCGCAGCUGUACAGGUGCUUUCGCCUCUGUAUGUGGCUUAUCUCACGGAUGGACAGGCCACCCUCGAGCGUUGGCGGAUGGUGUGGUACACGGCGGCCGUCGUGCUCGCGCUCACCAACUGCCUCAACUUCCUGAUGGUGUCGUCGAAGGAACAGGUGUGGAACCGCCCCGUGGCCGUGCCCGUGUACCCGAAGCGCCAGUCGUCGUACCUGGCCACGCGGCGCACGAGGCUGUCCCCGCCGCCCCGCCCCGGCCCCGUCGUCGCGGUGCGCGGGAACAAGAACCCCGCCUAUGUCUUCACCGAGGAGUUGUAGGGGCGGCGCUGAAGGAAGGAGGGGUGGCCCGCCCCUCCGUUUGUGGCUCUACCUCACGUGCGUCCUCCUGAGUGGAACAAAGACUUUCGUAGAAGGAUUAUCGCUCCUGGAAAGACAUUCGAGAGAUGCAACCGCCGUCUUCUUACACGAAGGAACGAGGCUCCCGUUUUCUUCUCGACAGGAAGAGCGACAAAGGUUUUUGUGCCAUGAAACGAAACUCAUCUUAUGAAUUAUUGUUGUUCAUUGACUUAUUAUACUCGAUAGAGACUUCUUAUACCACUGACAAUGUGUCUAACACUGCAUUGUGAAUCUCCUUACACUUUAGUCAUGUUAAAGACACGUAAGUUUUUAGUCCUUAAGCUUUUACUUUUAUAAAUACAAAUACAGAAUAUCGAAUUAAAAAGUAAAUAACUAGAUAAAAUACACUUUUUCUUUCGGGAAUAGGUGGUAAAGUAUAUAAAAGAAAAUAUCCGAAUUAAUAACUCAAAGGACAUACCUUUUACAUACCUUUACACGGAGAUUUGACCCUAAGAUGGGAAAACAACAUUGUCCCUUACGAAAAUACACUAAAAAUCGAGACCUGGCAGCUCCUCUUGGCUACAGACCGACUGAAAUCAGAGGCGUUGUGCUGAAACCCGAAGCCGCGCAUGGCAGUGUUCAAAAGAUAAGUCCAAGAGUCCUUAUUCUUGCUGUGUUAAUACUCAGCAUCUUGCUGUCCAAUAUUGUGAUGCUGUGUUCUUACCAAGAUGGCAUUUUACCGUGCUGUUCGAGCCGGUUGACUGUGAUAAUGUAAUAUAUGUAUACAGUAUGCUGUAACAAAAAAUCUUAACCAGUACAGAACUUGCGAAAGAGUUCUUGUGGCGCUGUAAAUGCUUCACUAAAAAGGCCUUUUCUCCACAUGAUCACCUGUUGAAUUCUUGAAUCAGUACCAGCAACGUCAUGGUCUGGUUCUGGGAAAUGUGGCAAGCUAUUUUUUUUUAAGUCCUUACGUAUCGGUUUCCAUUUAUCUUCCCAAUAUCACACCUUGGGAAGAAGUCGUUAGUGAUGAAUGCUUUGGUAAAUUUCAAUGUAUAAAUAAAUAUAAAGAGAAAAAUAAACCAUAUUAUGUUGAUA